CCGGAAAAUCUGUCUCCCUCCGUUUUUCCUUAGAAAGGAUAGGCGGGAGCUAGACACCCCGCCAUGCCGAUUUCUGGACAAGGACUCCCAUUGUCAGGGCAGCGGAGAGACAUGUAUCUUCUCAGUAUAUUCAUAAUCUUCGGUCACAUUCACCCGGUACAUUUGAAGCCAUGAUAUACGGGAAAUUAGCAUGAAUGACAGCCAACAAGACCAGCCAAUCUGAGGAUGAUUUACGUGCUAACAGGAGCCAAUAGAAGUAAAUUUGGGCGUGAAUGAGAUGUUUUUGUCCACUAGAAAACAUUUCAGAAUCGUGACUCCCUGACUGGGCCAUUCUUCACGACUAAGACCCAACACAUUUGGGAGAUAUUGCUUCAUAUUUAUUAAUAUUUAUUUAGCUGAGUUAUAAACCGUUCCACUAUUUAGCUUGAUAGGGUUGAAAUGCUACAUUUUCGGUCUUCGGUAGUGCUCAAGGAGUUGUUUCAAUCCAACCUGAAGCGCCCUUUGACAGGUAUAGCCAGAAAGACAUCACCAUCAGUCGCGUAUUGCUUUAGCACCGCCCGUGCAGAUGUCAGAUCUGUGCCCAGAGUAAAGUGUCUCCAGCAUGCGGUUGGAUGGAGAGCUACGCCAUACACUACCAACGGCCACGGAACUCGGAAGCUCUCCACCAAGAGCGAUGACGGUUCGGCGUCCCCGCCAACGGACACCAAAAAUGACACCGCCACCAGCAAUGAAACCGCCACCAAGGAGGCAGCUGCCGAAAAGAGAAGGCAGGCAGGCAUCCUGCCCAGUCUGGAGGAUCUGCUCUUCUACACCAUCGCCGGGGGCGCUGAAAAAAUCCCGGCUCACAAAUUCACCACAGCGCUGAAAGCCACAGGGCUCCGGACCGGAGACCCCCGGCUGAAGGAGUGUAUGGAGAACCUGAAAGUCAUCAUGAAGACCACGUCAGACGGAAACCUGGACCGACACCUCUUCAAGAAGUGUGUCCAGAGCAACAUCGUGCUGCUCACCCAGGCCUUCAGGAAGAAGUUUGUUAUCCCCGACUUUGUGUCCUUCGCCUCCGAAAUCGACGCGCUCUAUGAGAAUGCCAAAAACCUGGGAGGGGGACAGGUGGCUGACUACAUUCCCCAGCUGGCAAGGUUCAGCCCGGACCUCUGGGCCGUGUCCAUAUGCACUGUGGAUGGACAAAGGCACACAGCGGGUGACACCAAAGUCCCGUUCUGCCUGCAGUCGUGUGUAAAGCCUCUGAAGUACGCCAUCGCCGUGAACGACCACGGGACAGAGUAUGUGCACCGUUUCAUCGGCAAAGAGCCCAGCGGUCUGCGCUUCAACAAACUUUUCCUCAACGAGGAAGAUAAACCACAUAACCCUAUGGUUAACGCCGGCGCUAUUGUGUGCACGUCCCUCCUAAAGCAAGGGGCAAGCAACGCUGAGAAAUUUGAUUACGUCAUGAACUUCAUGAACAAGCUGGCAGGAAACGAGUAUGUGGGUUUCAGCAAUGCCACAUUCCAGUCAGAGAGGGAGUCUGGAGAUCGGAACUUUGCUAUCGGCUACUACCUGAAGGAGAAGAAGUGCUUUCCAGAGGGGACGGACAUGACCUCCAUUUUAGACCUCUACUUCCAGCUGUGCUCCAUCGAGGUGACCUGUGAAAGCGCCAGCGUCAUGGCGGCCACCCUGGCCAACGGCGGCUUCUGUCCAAUCACAGGCGAGCGCGUGCUGGGCCCGGAGGCGGUACGGAACACCCUGAGCCUCAUGCACUCAUGCGGCAUGUACGACUUCUCGGGACAGUUCGCUUUCCACGUUGGACUUCCGGCUAAGUCAGGUGUGGCAGGGGGCAUCUUGCUGGUGGUGCCCAACGUCAUGGGUAUCAUGUGCUGGUCCCCGCCACUGGACAAGCUGGGGAACAGUGUACGAGGAAUCCAGUUCUGCACGGAUCUGGUGUCCCUUUGCAACUUCCACAACUACGACAACCUGAAGCACUUUGUCAAGAAGCUGGAUCCUCGCAGGGAGGGCGGAGACCAGAGGGUGAAGUCGGUCAUCAAUCUUCUCUUCGCUGCGUACACUGGCGAUGUGUCUGCACUGAGGAGGUUUGCUCUGUCUUCCAUGGACAUGGAGCAGAGGGACUAUGACUCCAGGACAGCCCUCCAUGUGGCUGCAGCAGAGGGACAUGUGGAGGUGGUCAAGUUCCUGUUGGAGGCAUGCAGGGUCAACCCUGUUCCCAAAGACAGGUGGGGUAACACACCUAUGGAAGAGGCAGUUCACUUUGGACACCACGACGUUGUGACCAUGCUCCAGGACUACAACAACAAGUACAGUCCACCGGGGGGCGCCACUGAGGACAAAGAGAAGGAGACAGCGGAGAAGAACAUUGACGGCCUACUAUGAACCAACUAAGACUCUUAUCUUUCCAUAGAAAUAAAAUAACUAGAACGGACGUUCCCAUUGAAAUGAUAUAUACACGUGAUCUGAGAGGCUUGUUUCUUUCCAGUCGUUCUAUUUCUAUGGCCCCAUUAACUAUCUGGAAGACUUACUGUAAGUGUGUGGUCUAUUUGUCACGUCAGUGGUAGGUCACGCAUACUGUUGAUAAUACUGUAUUGUUGAUUUUGUAUAAAAGUAUUGUAUUUCUGUCAUUUGAAAGACGACAAUGUGUUUAAAAAAAUAUAUAUAUUGACCUUUGACUUUUUCCCAGAUGUUUUUUGGGUUGCUGUUUCCUUUCGCUUGGCUUUUUUAUGUCGUACUGCGCAACUCUCUCUCAGUGUGUGUCGUCACUAUGUGGAAUGUAUUUUCUACAUUUAAGUGCACAAAACAUUUCUCUUUAUGUACAACCGUGUGUAAAAGAUAACGUGUACAUUUAUGUAAUGUGUGUAUAUCCCUGAAAUUAAUAUAAUAUCAGAGGUAGAUGGAUUUAGUGUAAAUACUAUUUUAUCUGUAGUGAAAUCAAGUGACUCUCACUGGCACAGCUUUUGAAGGAAAUGGGUAAAGUCCAUAAACUGUGCAUUAGGCUUAAGUUUGUCUCUAUUGAUGAGGCAGAAUGCAUGACAUAAACUAUUCCACAUGUUCACAGAUCUAGGUAGCCUGGUUGCAAAUCUGUUUGUGCUGUAUAUGACACUGGCUAUACAGUUGGCUAAACAGGCCAGACAGAUCUGGGAACAGGUUGUCUAUGAUUUAAGACCUCUGGUCUUUUGAUUUAGGCCCAAGAGCUUCAUAUGAAUUGAAAGUAUGGCAUUAUGUGGAAUGAGUUCAGUUUUGUUGGUUUGCUAUUCGAUAGCUAGACAUUUUUGCAUCUUUUUCUCCAAAAUAACAAAAAAAAAAUUUUUUAUUGAUUGUUCUAUAAUCUUAUUUUAAUUUAGAGUAGAAAGGGGGGUAUUUAUUUAGGUGUCAGCCAAAGCUUUUCUGUACGUUUGCUCCACCUGAUAAUAAAGUUGAGUCGGUGACUUAAAAAAGAGGAUAUGACACGCGAGCCGCCUCAGGAGCAAUACAAUACAAUACAAUACAAUACAAUUCAAUUCAACCAGCAGCCAUGUGCUCUUUACAGACAGGUUUCCCACCUAUGCGAAGUCAAAUUUUAGGGCAAAACAUAAAACCCUUCGAAACAUUGAUUUAUCACUUCAUGGAUACAGCAGUGUCAAUGGUGUUACUAUUAUGAUUUGUCACACAAGUUGACUCAUUUGUCAGAUGUAUUUUUUUACAUAGAUUUCAUCAUCAGUUAUAGACAGUGCGUUACACUUUAAUGAAUGUUUUUAGUUUAGAACAACUCCACAAAGGUGGACUUUAAAUCUCGCCAUACUCACCCAAAUGCCUCUUUUGGGUAGAGAUACAAUAGUUAUCCUCAUGGGCCUAUAUGAAAGCAGAACACUAAGACAAUCCUACACACAACUAAUGGAGCACUUUUAAUGCAGAGAUAGGCAUAUUGAUUGUUUAACUGUUUAGAGUGUAAAAGUGUAAAAAAAAACAUAAGGGUAUACUUGAAAAGUCAGGUUAGUUUGGUGAGAACUAGUCUGUAUUUGUGUCAUUGACUAUGGGAGGGACAGCGACUCUAAAUCUGGUAAUGACAGAGGACAUUGCCAUCAAAAUCUCAAGCCCUACACUAUUGUGCUAAAAGUACUAAGGCAAGUUGUGAGUUGAUGAAUGUAUAUAUUUUUAUUGAAUAACUCAUCUCAAGUGUUCCGUGUUGCUUUCAUUGGAUUUGACUUGACUUGGUCUUCCCCGUUGCACAAGAAGCCUCGUACGUAUGAGUGUUUAAUGUUCCCCUGUGUAGGUGCAAGUCAUCUUCAACAUUAGCUAAUUAUUUUGAAUAUACCACAGGUGUAUACUGAUGUCAUCAGUUUGUUUGUUUUCAUUAAUGUAUGUCUGCUUCAGCUGUGUGUUGCAGGCAAUGGAGAAAUAUUCAUUUCAAUGUUCAAACAAUAAAUAAUGAUAUAACUCCCUUUA